AUGGGCCUCCACACGUCCGUCCUCACGCCGUACUGGGCUUGGCGCGCGACGCACCGGUCGCACCAUAAAGGCACCAACAACCUACACCGCGACGAGACGUACCACCCGCAGACGCGCGAGGAGUUCAAUCUUCCUCCGGAAGGUUGGUUGUGUGCUGAGGGGUGGAGGGCAGAGAAGGCACGCGCGAUCGACUACCACGAGAUGGUCGAGGAGACGCCGUUAUACACGCUUCGGAAGAUGGUGCUCCGGCAGUUCCUACAUAACCGAAAGGGAAAUCCGAAGUACCCGCCCGGGACGAGUCACUACAAACCGAGUGCGAAGCUCUUCCGGCCAGAGGAACGACACCUUGUCGUCGUCUCGGAUGUCCUGAUCGCGGGGAUGCUCGCGCUCCUCGGUGUCUGGGGGUGGAACUCGGGGUGGGGCACGGUGUGGAGGAUGUACCUCGUGCCGUGGCUGGAUCGUACCGUGACGUACCUGCAGCACUCGGACCCUACUGUGCCGUAUUACAGAGGCCAGUGGACGUUCCUCCGGGGCGCACUCGCGACGGUCGACCGGCCGAUCUUUGGCUGGGUCGGGCGGUUCUUCUGGCACGGCAUCGCGCACGACCACGUCGCCCACCACUUCUUCGUCGGGGUGCCGUUCUAUAACCUCUCUGACGUGACGGAGGCGAUCAAGCCCGUGCUCGGGGACUACUACUACUACGACUCGACGCCGACGCUCUACGCGCUCUGGCGGAGCUUCACGCAGUGCAAGUUCGUCGAGAGCACGGGCGACGUCGUGUUCUUCAAGAACAUGCGCGGCGAGGCCGUGCGGGGGUGCUCCGUCGCGGAUGUGUGUCCCGCGAAGGAAGCGGGUGUUGUUGAUGGUGCGAAGGAAGCGGCCGAGGCUGGAUUUGAAGGGGUGCAGGACGAGGAGGAUGUGAUGGGUGAAUGA